AGCGGGGCGGAAGCGGCACCGCUGUAGAGCAGGCCGGAGCCCCGUCCCGGCUGCAGCUCCCGCCCAGCACAGCGGGUUUGCUGGGCCAGACGGGCUGCAACGAGGGAGCAGCGGUUCCCAGGCGUGUUGCAGCCCGGCUUGGGCUCCGAGGGGCGCAGGAAGGGGUUGGAGCUGGGACAGCGGGGAAGUGAGCACAGCAGCUCAACGUGCUCUGCUGCCCGGUUGGCUCUCUGGAACACAGCGCAGCUCGACUGCGUUUCUCCCUCUGGGCCACGGGAGACACGAGAUGGCCUCGCUCCGCAGCUCUGCACGCAAGGAUUGAUGGAAGUUUUGAACUCCCCGAUGCCUCCUUUUGAGCGUCUGAAUGCGAAGCCUCCAAGGGGGGAAUUUCAAGUCCCUUCUCCCUCGCCGGCAGCCCGCAGUUUCCCUUCGGGGACCCAGCAGGCAGCAUCUGCCUCUAGCGGCCCUUUCAGGGUUACUUUUUGUGCGCUUAGCGCUGGGCUGAUGGCUCACCUGGGAUCGUGCAAACCCCUGCCAAGGCUUUUGUUCAGGCUGUCCCGGCAGCUGCAGAUGCCUUUAGCGCACAGGUGCGGGCCCUGAGCACGUCCAGCAUCUGCAGCAGGUCCGGCACUGGGCUGUGCAAUAGACGCUGAAAAGGUGGCGGUCUGUGGGCUGACUGCAGCUCACGUUGAGAACGCGCCCGAGCUGCACGUCAGCAAAGUGCAGCCCAGGCUGCGUCGUGCAAAGGGCGCACGGUGCUGAGAAGGUCCCCGGGAAGCGAGCGCGGUGUGCGUGCGGAGCUGAAUGGGAAGCAGCGUCCCCAGAAGAUCUGUGUCGGCAAGGUGUCUUGACAGCAAGCUGAAAGGGAUCUCUGUACAGCUGUGACCUUGAGAGACAUCCCUGCUUGUGGGAAGAUCCUGUAGUUCGGCCCAUUGCUGUGCAGUAGAGCUCGAGGGGCGCUUGCGCUGCACCCUGUUUAGGGGCUCUGGUUCAACUUCUGCCUUCCAGCUGUGAUCAUCUCACCUGCAGGAGAGCAGCAGAUGGCCACAGCACAUCCAUGUCAGGAGCCCGUGAGCUUUGCGGAGGUGGCCGUGUAUUUCAGCAGGGAGGAGUGGGCGCUGCUGGACCCUGCGCAGCGAGCGCUGUACCGGGACGUGAUGCUGGAGACGUACCAGUGCGUGGCCUCGCUGGCUCCACUUCCAGCCCCCAGACCAGUGCUGAUCUCCCUGCUUGAAGGAGGGGAAGAGCCCUGGAUCCCAGAUGUGCGUAGCCCUGAGGCCGUGCCAGGAGACCUCAGCCCAGCAGGAACUGGGGUUACAGAUCUACUGGAGGAUCUGCAGGAAAGUGGUGUGGCCAAAAGGCGGUGGGGUGGUGUCUGUGUGGAAGAAAUCAGAAGGGAUGUCCAAGGAGGCCUGGAGCAAGGUCAGGCAGAGCACAUCACCACGAUGCCACCGGGAAAGUGUCUGCAAGAGAAAGGAAGGAGCCCACUGGACGUGAACAUAGGUCAGAAGGAGCGUGAAGAUCCCGGGAGCAAGGAUGUGUGCCAGAAGGAAAAGCAGAAUCCAUGCACAGAGUGUGGAAACAGCUUUGAAAAAGAUUCCAGCGUCGUUAACCACCAGUGUGUACGCUCAGCAAUGAGUGCAUACAAGUGCUCUGAGUGUGGGAAGAGCUUCAAAAAGAGAUUUCAACUCACCUACCACCAACGCAUCCACUCAGGAGAGAGACCCUACAAGUGCUCUGAGUGUGGGAAGAGCUUCAAAAGCAGUUCUGAAUUGAAGCAGCACCAGCGUGUGCACUCAGGAGAGAGACCCUACAAGUGCUCUGAGUGUGGCAAGAGCUUCAAAAGCAGUUCUAAUUUGAAGAGCCACAAACGCUUCCACUCAGAGGAGAGACCCUACAAGUGCUGUGAGUGUGGGAAGAGCUUCAAAAGCAGUUCUGAUUUGAAGAAGCACAAACUCUUCCACUCAGAGGAGAGACCCUACAAGUGCUGUGAGUGUGGGAGGGCUGUAAAAAGCCGUUCCCAGCUCAUCUACCACCUGCGCUUCCACACAGGAGAGAAACCAUUUCAGUGUCAUGAGUGUGGGAAGAGCUUCAAAAGCAGUUCUGAACUGAAGCGCCACGAGCGCUUCCACACAGGGGAGAAACCCUUUCAGUGUCAUAAGUGUGGGAAGAGCUUCACGUGCAGUUCCCAACUCACCUACCACCAGCGCAUCCACACAGGGGAGAAACCCUACAAGUGCUCUGAGUGUGGGAAGAGCUUCAAAAGCAGUUCUGAAUUGAAGCUGCACCAGCAUAUGCACUCAGGAGAGAGACCCUACAAGUGCCCCGAGUGUGGGAAGAGCUUCACAUGGAGUUCCCAAUUCACCUACCACCAACGCAAUCACACACGAGAGAGACCCUACAAGUGUACUGAGUGUGGGAAGAGCUACAAAAGCAGUUCUGAUUUGAAGAGCCACAAACGCUGCCACUCAGAGGAGAGACCCUACAAGUGCUGUGAGUGUGGGAAGGCCGUAAAAAGCCGUUCCCAUCUCAUCUACCACCUGCGCUUCCACACAGGAGAGAAACCGUUUCAGUGUCAUAAGUGUGGGAAGAGCUUCAAAAGCAGUUUUGAACUGAAGCGCCACGAGCGCUUCCACACAGGGGAGAAACCAUUUCAGUGUCAUAAGUGUGGGAAGAGCUUCACGUGCAGUUCCCAACUCACCUACCACCAGCGCAUCCACACAGGAGAGAGACCCUACAAGUGCUCUGAGUGUGGGAAGAGCUUCAUUAGCAGUUCUGAACUGAAGCGGCACCAGCGCAUCCACACAGGAGAGAGACCCUACAAGUGCUCUGAGUGUGGGAAGAGUUUCAAGACCAGUUCCGCAUUGAAGCAACACCAGCACUUCCACACAGAGGAGAAACCCUACAAGUGCCCUGAGUGUGGGAAGAGCUUUACACGCAAGUCUAAUCUCAACACCCACAAGCGCAUCCACACCGCACAUAGGCUGUAGAAGCAUCUCAAGAUACGGAGAACCUUCAAAGGCAGUUUCGACCUCGUUACCUAUCAGCACAGCCACACAAGACACAGAGCCUGCAGAGCCCAUAACGUGGGAAGAGCUUCAGGCAGAGCCCCAGCCUGGUGACCAACUAUGGAUUUGUGUAGUGAUGAACCUUACAAAUCCCUUGAGUAGAGGAAGAGCUCUGCGGCCAAUCUAAAUCCUCUUUCUCCUUCUUUGCAUGAGAAUUCUGCACAUUGCUCUCCUUCAGCUGCAGUUGCUGUGUUGAGUGGCCUUACAGAGGAGAAUCCAGAGUGGGAUGUGUCACAGCCACUCAAAAAGUUCUGCCAGGUGGCACGUUUCUGCCAGGGCUGUGUGCAAGGAGAGUCACCUCUUACCUCCCCCGUAGAAACUCCUGUGCCUGGGGCAGCAGGUGAGGAUCCAAAGGAAACCUCAGCUGGGCUGAUAUGUCAGCAGGAAGGAAGAAAUCCUGUCUGCAGGCUGUGUGGGAAGAGCUUCAUCUGGAGCUCAACCCUCAGUAGAUCCCAGAGAACCAACCAGUGGAGAGUCCCAGUGAGUGCCUUGACUGCAGGAAGAGGUGUGUCCAGAGCUGGGAGCUCAACACACACCUGUGGAUUCACAUGAGGAACCCCAUAAAUGCACAGCCUGCAAGAAGAGUUUUGGCCACACCUCAAACCUGCUGAGCUACCAGAGUGUCUGCACUUGGGUGAAGUCCAGUGAGUUCACGUGGCAGGAAGCCUUAGAAAUGCCUCGCAUGUGAGAAGGGCUUUGUGCAGAGGGCAGAGUUCCUCACUGACCCUACAAGUGUUCCUGGUGCAUGACUGGCACCCUCUGCAGAAGGGACUUAACCCAGGAGCUUCAGAUGGCCUUUCCUUGCUACCCAGAGCAGUUCUCUCACCAUGCCCGGUUUCUUCUGCUCUUCCUGCCAGCAGCUUUUUGAUGCCGUUUCCUAAGGAGAAGCAGCUGUGCAGGGAUGUUCUGUGUGUCUGUGUGCAUGUGUUGCUCUCAGUAAUUUGUGAGUGCACUGGUGAACUUGAGAGAAGG